AUGCCACACCUCAAUCCCCUCUCCUGCUUUCAGCUUCUGCAGACAUCAUUGAAAGCUCUGGGCCGGCUCAUGGUGGUCCUGCUUGAGACAGAGACCACCCGGGGAUUCUUCCAGAACAUAGUCCAGGUCCUGCAGAGAUCACUGACCUCAAACAACAUGUGGGAGCGUAACAGGGCCCUGCAGACCUGCUCCCAGCUGCUGGCUGCUUGUGAAGGGCUUCCGAGAGGAGAUGCCUGUGAGUCCUUUGGCUCCUUGGUGGGAUUGCUGGCUCCGCUGACAUGUGACCCCAUGCCCACAUCCCGCCAGUUGGCCGCCACCUGCCUGAGCUCCCUUCUGCAAAUCCAAGCCAAGGCGGCCAACAGAGUCAUCGAGACAGGAGACACUGGGAGCCUGUGUGAGGGGCUGAAUGACUGCAGCACCGCUGCUCAGCUCCAGACCUCAUCCAAACUGGCAAGGAUGGUGUGCAGAAACUUCCCCCUGGAACGCACCGUUGACUUCCUGAUGGCCAUCAAGGAGACCUUGCGGAAAGGCAAAGGAAUGCGCGUGCGUGCAGCUGGGAAGUGGAUGAUCACCUUUCUGCAGAUGUACGGGAAGGACAUCUGUCGGGAC